GGGGUCUCUCAGAGCCCGAAGAAAGCUCGUCUCUAUCCACACAUCUUCCAUUCCACCGGCAUUCGUGUUGUCAACGGAUCCGCUCACCUGAUCUCGGCCCCAUCAUUGCCAUUUCUUCGCCGGUCGGUGCUGCUUUCUUCGGCUUUUGUAGAUCGUCGAUCGUCCCAUGAUCGCGUGUGGAAAAUGCAGAGCGAGCUUUUUUUCGCAACCGAGUUCAAUCCGUGGGGGCCUUAGUGAGCCUCAUCGCAGUAGGCUUGGGUUUAUUCGCGCAGCGCCUACCAUUCGGAUCGGGUGGACCGUUGAUUUCGGGCUUCUUGGAUCUGUGUUCGAGUCCGAGUCGAAGCGAACAAAUAACUGGAAGAGUGCAAAGUGUGGAAAAAUCGAUUUGUGUCGGGCUUCCGGGAAUUUUUGUCUGCUGCCUGCCGCCGAGUGCGACAAAGUUGCUGUCGGCUGAAACGGGCUCCCAUUGUUGUUGUGCAACUGUGUGACGAAGGCGGUUCUACGAAGAUUCCAUCCCGGUUGAGUUUGAUUGUUUUGUGUACCGAUCUAACUUCGUGAUUCGGCAUUGAUCGAUUUCCGAGUGAACGAAAUUUUUCGAAUAACGAACAGCAAACAGAGUUCGGAAUUCCGGUAACGAAAAUGUGAUGUUAAUGAAAUUCUUGUUACGUGUGUUUGUGUAAAUGAAUGAAAAUUUGAUUUUGUGCUAAAAAGAGAGCAGAAGAAAUGUGGAAUGCAGUCAGCAAUCAUCGAUAAAAAUCGAUCGGAUGAAGAACCGAUGAAGUGUACGAUGAGCCGUUGACGGAAGAAUUGUGUGAAAGAAAAAUUCUCAAAUGUGAUAUAACACAGUGAAGCAGCCAAAAGGCAAUCAAGUGCAAUAAGAAGAUACCAAAAAUUAAAUAAUUUCAUCAUCGAAAUAGAAAAACACAUCACCCCAUCGAAAAAAAAAAUGAAGAUUCUACCGAGGAUAGUCCUGCUGCUGUUUCUGCUUUUCUUCAACACCGCUUCCAGUGAAGCAUGCAAGCUCUACUCGAAGAGCAACCUUCGGACCAAAUCGGACGGCGUGCAGUUCCUCCGGCUGAAGGAGGACUUUCCCGUCGGAGGGGAAAUCGUGUCGCUGUACGCCUACCCGAGGAACUCGAUUCUGAUCGCCCGGACGGAGAACUCCAGCGAUGGGGAGUACUUCCGGCUGAAGGAGGUCAACAGUACGGCGGUCAGCGUGAUACUGAACCGAAGCCUGGACCAGCUGGUGGACAGCGACAACCCGCAGAGCAUACUGAAGUUCAGCGUGUUCUGCAGCGGAACGACGAUGGCCAUGAAGCAGGACAAUCAGUCGUCAUUUUUCACAAUUACUGUUUACGUUGAAGAUAUCAACGAUAAUGAUCCCGAAUUUAUCAAUCUACCGUAUGCGAUCACGCUGGACGAAUCAACGCCAAUUGAGACGGUGGUGUUUAAUAGAAUUAAGGCAAUUGACCGUGAUAAGCCAAACACGCCGAAUUCCGACAUCGAGUACGCGAUCGCACCGAAGCAGCUCAAGAGCGGUGACUUCCCGUUUCGUCUGGAGAGCUCCCAGAAGCCGAAGCUGAUCUUGCAGCGACCGCUCGACUACGACACCGGACUGCACUCGAUGAGUGUGUUGGUGAUUGCGAGCGAUCGUGGGAACCCACCUCGCACGGCCAAUGCAACGGUACGGGUGACCAUUCGGGACGUGGACGAUCUGUCGCCGAUCUUCACCCGAGCCAUUUAUCGCACCAAGCUGAAGGAGUCGUUUCCGAUUACGGGCAAACCCGUCCAUCAGCCGGUUUACUUUGAUCCGCCGAUCGGGGCGUUCGAUCAGGAUUCGUUGAAUGCGUCGUUGAUCUACAGCAUUAUUGGGGGGAAUGAGCGGAAACUUUUUUGGAUGUCGCCGGAAACGGGGAUGAUCUUUCUGCAGAAGGAGAUUGAUUUGGAGGCGGAGAGCUUGCCGGACAAUACGAUGGUGCUGCAGAUCGAGGCGAGGCAGAGUAAUAACCCUUCGCGGAACGCGCUAGCUAGGGUGGAAAUGGAGAUCAUCGAUCUGAACGACAAUCUUCCGGAAUUUGAGGUCGAUCUGUACAACAUUUCGAUCAUUGAGAAUCUUCCGAAAGGGUUCAGCAUUCUGCAGGUGAACGCGAUCGAUCGUGAUCAAGGUGAGAAUGCCGAAUUCUAUUACUAUUUAGCGAAUGAGAAUCCCAAGGGGGCGUUUGUGAUCGAUCACAUGUCCGGUUGGAUUGUGGUGAAUGAUGAGACUUAUCUGGAUAAAGAGGCUCGAAAUUCGCUGCAUAUGACGGUCAACGCUAUGGAACGGAUCGAACAGGUCGAUCGUAGUCGGAACUAUGGAACGGUUCAGGUGGAGAUUACUUUGCUGGACACAAACGAUAACACGCCGGAGUUUGAACAGGGAACUUUGUAUGAAUUCAAGGCCAAUUGUAGCUCGCCGGUAGGGAGUAAGGUUGGAUCGAUCAAAGCGGUUGAUCCGGAUGAUCUGGGUAACGGGCAGGUUCAAUAUCACAUCAAGAACGUUCGACCGAAUCUGGCGAUCCCCUUCAAGCUUGACCCAGAUACGGGAGAUAUUAAGGUGACAGAGCCCUUGACGUACGGAAAGAUCGCGUUCUUCGUUGAAGCGCGUGAUCAGCCUCAGAACCCCUCCGAAUCGCGGUUCAACGUGGCGCUGGUGACGAUCGAUAUUGUUUGUCAAUCGAUCGAGGAGAUCGAGUUUAUCGGUGCACCGUAUGAAUUCUGGGUUGGAGCGGAUGCUCCGAUCGGCGCAUCCAUAGGGCAAAUUCGCACCACGUUCGACUCAAAUACUGAAGAAGAGAUAUUCUUCGAUCUUCUUCAUUCCUACCCGGAAGGGGUCCCGUUUGCGAUCGAGGAACGAUCCGGGAUCGUGACCGUGAUCGAAGUCCUGGACAAGUUCGACCGCCGAUGUUACGAGUUCGAAACAGUUGUAUCCUACCUUCCGAACGCUGAAGGGAAGAUCGUUGAUCAACUGACCCCGGAAGCGUACAACAGUCUGGAGAAGAUCAUCGUGACAAAUGUGACCAUCCACGUGAUCAAGAACAACUUCAUGCUACUGCGAGGCACCAACUCAACCCCGAUCGAGUUCAAGAUCAAAGAGAACAAACCAAACGCGAUCAUUGGGCAGCUCAAAUUCCAGGACUUCCAAGAGCAAUGCGAAGCCGACGAGAAAGGUCUCCCUUCGUUGAUCUCAGUGCGAGGUGAUCGCAACCGUGGUGAUCGACAGGUCUUCAAUCUCAACGGUAAGAAUCGCACCCGAUAUGGCAGAAGGUUCAUUCGCGAUGUAUCUCCGGACUACGUCCAGCUGUAUCCCUUGGUUGCUUUCGAUGCCAUGUAUACGUCAAACGUCACGACCAGAAAGGCAAGAAAUUCAAGGUACUCUCGCAAUCCGACCAGUGGCGUUCAAUAUUCUCUGGUCAACAGCUACGACGUGGCCGACACAAUCCGCCUCACCAACGACGGCAAGCUGAUGACUGUCAAAGGUCUCGAUCGCGAGAAGCAAGACUCCAUCAAGGUAACCAUCAUUGCGGAGUACUUCUACAAGCACCGCACAUUCGCUGGAAUCUACCAAGUCGUAAUCCUCGUAGAGGACGAAAACGACAACCCGCCGAAGUUCAACCAACCCUACUACCUGGGAGUGAUCGCGGAAAACUCCCCGAUCGGAACGGAAAUUGUCCUGAACAACCCGAUCAUCAUCACCGACCCGGACAUUGGCGUGAACUCCGAGUACGAGCUCGUUCUUGCAGGCGAGUCCAACUCAUUUGCGGCGCAAUUCUCCAACUCGACCCUAUCGAACUACAACAAAACGGUGGCGCACAUCUUCAAGAACCUCCAGAUCGCGAAUGUCGACUCGGGCGAGUCGCUCAGUCGACGCGUGGACUUCCGGUCGAAGCCAUAUGAGGGAACAAACGGAUCAACGCCGCACUACAACAUCCUGUUCAUGGGUCCGAACAAGCUCGAUCGGGAGGAGAUCGACAGUUUGAACCUGAAGAUGAUGGCCACCGAUCGGGACAGUUUGACCUCGGAGGUGGAGCUGCGCAUUUUGAUCCUGGACGUGAACGAUAAUCCACCGAUUUUCGAUAAGAUCGCAAUUUUCCGGAAGAGCAAGUGCGAGAUGUUGGAGAACUCGAGCGACCUGGAGUUGUUCUACUUGGAUGAGCUGGAGACGGAAGUAUUGCCCGGGUUCAUGGGCAUGGGAAUGGAGACGGCUCGAUUGAGUUACGGAGUGGAUAGCUUGUUCGAAAUGGUUCAGUCGGCGCCGUACGCGGGGAUGCCGAGGCUGUUGGAUGGGCAGCUGAUGAUGGGGAAUCGAUCGAUGGGUUUGAAGAGGAAGUUGUACAAGCCAAAGGGGCGUCUGCGGGCAGGUGUAAGGAAUACAAGGGCAAUUAGCAAGAAGUCUGGGUUGAAGUUCAGUAUUCCGGAGAACGUGGAAAUCGGGAAGGUGAUUUUGAAGCUUACGGCGAGCGACGAGGACUUCGACAAGAAUUCUAUGGUGUUCUACGAGAUCGUAAAUCAAGAGGAGCUUCCGUCGAGGAAUCGAAGCAGUUAUUUCAAAAUCGAUCGAUCCAGUGGUGAGCUGAAGGCAGUGAAGCGACUGCCUCCAGAGGCGGAGAUCCACUUGAACAUUUCUGCUAAGGACGUCGGAGGGCUGACGGAUGUGAUCAGUCUGGAGUUCAAGAUCUACGAUGUGAACGACAAUUCGCCGGUAUUUGAACAGCAGUGGUACACAUUCAAGGUGGAGGAAGGCAGCUAUCCGAUCACCGGGAAGAGCAUUGGUCAGGUUCGAGCGACGGAUGAGGACUUGGGAAUGAACGGUAACGUGUCCUAUCUUCUGCUGGCAGAAGACGACACGAAAAUCCCCUUUUCAAUCUCCCCACUAGACGGAACGAUUCGCGUAUCCGGCGAAAUCGAUCGUGAAUCGGUUUCCUCAUACCACUUCAAAGUCCUGGCGUCCGAUAAUAACUUUGAUCUGAAGUUGUCCGCCAUGGUAGACGUUGAGGUGAUCGUUCUGGACAAGAACGACAACAGUCCGGAGUUUACCACUUACGAUGAGCUCCACUACGAUCGCAGCAGCAUCAAGCGGCUUCCCGUUUAUGUGUCGUACAUCAACGUCAACUCCAAGCCCGGAACUUUUGUCAAGCAGGUCCAAGCGAAGGACAACGACUUCGCUGAGAACGGAAAUGGCCUGGUGAUCUUCUCUCUGACAAGCCAAAGCGAUCUGCUGCAGUUCAAUAUUGAUCCCAAGGACGGAGUGAUCACCACGGCGUCCAAAUUCGUCCCGCCUUCCAAUCGGAAAACCUAUCAGCACAUCAACGUCACGGUAGUGGCUUCAGAUUUUGGAACGCCGCCGCGAUCGAGCAGCGCCCUCAUGAUCGUCAACCUUCAGGGUGAUCCGGAUCGAUUGAACUCUGUCGACGAGCGUGUUCCACUCUUUCCGUACAAGUACUACGAGUUGGAGUUGCGGGAAAACGAACCUGCCCCUCGGAUCGCCUUGAACAUCACGUUGAACAAAAAGUACGCCAAAGACAACUUCCGAUGGUCGAUCGUCAACGACGAUCACGGCGAUAAGUUCAGGAUCGACGAAAAGAACGGAUCGCUUUGGCUUUUGCACCCGUUGGAUCGAGAAGAGCAGGAUUCUUACGAAAUCAAAAUCAAGGUGGAUAGGAUUAAGGUUAGGGAGAGCCGUAACAUUCCAAGCGUGUUGUACGCGCUGGAGAAUCCAGUUCGGAAAAGGACUCAUAAACUCCAUGACAACGAAGUGGAGAUUCUGAUCAAAGUGAUGGACGUCAAUGACAAUGCUCCGAUCUUCAGAGAGAACGACGGCCCUAUCAUUGCCGUCGUUCCCGAUCGUGCCAACUACGGAUACUCCGUACUGAAGGUGGAGGCCUACGAUCAGGACGCCGGAAGCAACGGAGAAAUCCGUUAUUCGCUGCUUAACGAACCCGCACGACUGUUCGACGUGGAUGCCUUGACCGGGCAGAUCCGGUUGCUUAGUUCGCUCAUCAACUAUCAGGACCGGGUGUUUGGGUUCGAUGUCAAGGCAACGGACCGAGUAGGCGCUGACGAUGGACAAUCAACGAUCGCCAACGUCUUCGUCUACGUGCUGAACUCGCAUCAAGAGGUGCGUCUUAUCAUGGCUGGGCUCCCGGUGGAGGUCGAGAAGCAAAUGGGAAUGAUAACCGAUAGUCUGAGUCUUGCCACUGGAUAUGACGUGCGGAUACGUGCCCUGGAGAGCAACAACAAAGUGGACGACGCCACCAACUUGUAUCUUUAUGCCAUCGAUCGAAAGUCCAAUUCCCUGGUGGAAAUGGGAGAGCUUCAGCGGUCCCUCGCCUCGCUGGAUAUGGCAAAUUUGAAGCCAAAUUUGCCCAUCAUCGAACUGACGGAGCUGUCGUUCAAUGCGCUGGAACCGCACUCGUACGACGCCGGCAUGAAGGGCAUCGAACUGGCCACGGUCGUCAUCGGAGGUCUCAUUUUUGCCGGCGGAACGGCGACGGCCCUGUGCAUUGCAUGCGCCCGGUAUCGACGCUUGAUCCCGCUGCCCAACAUUGGCGGUGGUGGCGGAGGAGUCGGAGGAUCGCAAGAUGUGCGCGCGACGGGAAUCCGAAACAAUUCGUCCACGCUGGGCAAUAGCAACAACAACAACAGUGGGAACGCAAAUGCCGGCAGCGGUCGACCAAUAGCCCGAGUCGACAUCCAGCCGGUCAUCAAUCGGGCGGAUUUGAAGAGUUCCAUCUUCCAUCCGAACUUCCACCGGCAGUUUGUGACGAACAUUAGCACCGAAUCGACGGCGGUCCCACCCGUCAGUGAGGAGAACAAUAGCGAUAGCUACGAGGACUCGCUCAAGGACUCCCUCACGUCCAACACGAGCCUAUGACGAGAGGGGAACGCUCCCCCUCGCCGGGAGAGCUUCCACCGUUGCCACCCUCGCCACAGCCAGCUGUACAGAAUAGCCGAUAGGACAAACCAAAAAUUUUAAGAACAAACAAACAAAAGUGCUGUCAGAGCCAGAGCCAAUACGUCGUUUUUUACUAGCUGUAAGUUUUAAAAUUGUUGAUUCGUACUUAAGAUGCGAGGACGCAUGGUGUGCCGGAA